GGAAAAACACCGCGAUCAAAUGGCGACGGCAUCCCGGUACUGACAGCAUGGCCAAGGUUCGCAAAAGAGCUUGAGCAGGACGCUGUUCCAGAAUGGCGCGUCAAGUAUCUCAACUACAAGCAGGGCAAGAAGCACGUCAAGGCAGUCAUCCGAGCCAUCAACCGUGCAGCCGUCACGCCAACGCUGGCCAGGCGCGCAGAGGCCGAUCAGCACCACUACAAGACUCCCUCUAUCUACUUCAACAUCGGCCACAACUUCACACCACCACCCCUGAAACUGAACGAUGAUGGACUGCUUGGUGGAGAGCCGGAUGAGGCAGGAAAGGCCAAGGCGGUCAAGGUGGUAGCAACUCCACGGGACGAUGAGCGAUCAGGUCUGGCGAGGUCCCCAGGCAGUGAGGUUCAGUAUGGCAGCUUUGGUCCGGUGCCAUCUCGCUCGAGCUAUCGGCAUGACUUUGAGCUCCCUGCGCCGGCGAUGAGAGUUCCAUCCAGGACCAGUGAACACGGUGCCCCUUCUUCACCUCCCUUGAACCGACUCGCGUUGCACAGAAGCGCCUCCAUGGUAGCUACGGUUCCGAGUGGCUAUCAGGACCCCUCCAAGGUCAAUCUGGGUGCAGAUGGUACGCCUCGCCAACGCAUGUCUCGGCUCUUCACGACCGGAUCGACACACACGCGGAAUGCGUCCAACAGAUUUACUGGCGGGAACAAGAUGGAAAUCGGGAUGCAAAAUCUAGAUUCCGUCCGAUCUGCGGAACGUGACUUCUUCGCCUUUCUCGACAGCGAACUGGCCAAGAUUGAGUCGUUUUACAAGGAGAAGGAGGAUCAGGCGACCGAGCGGUUGAUGGCACUGCGAGCACAGCUGCACGAAAUGCGCAACAGGAGAACGGCCGAGAUCACGGAAGCGAGGAAGAAGCGCGAGACAGGCCGGAAUCGGAGUCCCAGUGAUGGCGACGCCGGUGAGCAGCAGGGCAAGGACGGCAGUCGUGAUUGGAUCGCCCCCUUGAAGGGCAAGUUUUUUAAACCGGGGCCCAAUUCGAAAGCCCUCCAGAAGAUGACACAAACACCGGUCAUGCACCCUCAAAACGUCGACGAAGGGCGGGACUACGUCCGGAGACCACCUGGAGACGACGUUCCCUACCGAAGCGCGAAGCGGAAGCUCAAAGUGGCAUUGCAAGAGUUCUACCGCGGCCUGGAGUUGCUCAAGUCCUACGCGCUGCUCAACCGGACUGCCUUUCGCAAACUCAACAAGAAGUAUGACAAGGCGGUUAAGGCCCGCCCGUCAUACCGAUACAUGAAUGAGAAAGUGAACAAGUCCUGGUUUGUCAACAGCGACAUUCUCGAUGGACAUAUUCGGACUGUGGAGGAUCUCUAUGCCCGCUACUUUGAGCGUGGAAACCACAAGAUCGCGGCUGGAAAGCUUCGAAACUUGAACAAGCGCGCCGGGGACUCCUCUGACAGCGCGUUCCGCAGCGGCAUCACAAUUGGACUCGGAGGUGUCUUUGCAGUUCAGGGGUUGAUCUAUGGAGCAGAGCUUUUGUUCAGCGAGGAUGAUGACCUCCGAACACAAACUGCAUAUCUGAUGCAGCUGUACGGAGGGUAUUUCCUCGUGCUUUUCCUCUUCAUCCUGUUCACUCUCGACUGCCGCAUGUGGACCAAAAACAAGGUCAACUAUCCCUUCAUCUUUGAGUUUGACCAACGGAACUUUUUGGACUGGAAGCAGGUGGCCGAGUUUCCUAGCUUCUUCUUUGCGCUCCUCGGCGUUUUCAUGUGGCUCAACUUUUCGAGGUUGGGUGACUGGGAGGAGAUGUACUUGUACUACCCGGUCGUUCUGAUUUGCAUUACCCUGGGCAUCCUGUUUUUUCCGGCACCUAUUCUUCACCACAAGGCCAGGAGGUGGUUCUUGUACUCGCAUUAUCGGCUUCUCCUUUCAGGUUUAUACCCAGUCGAGUUUCGUGAUUUCUUUCUGGGCGAUAUCUGGUGUUCGUUGACCUAUGCCACCUGUAAUAUCGAACUGUUCUUUUGCCUCUACGCCAACUCCUGGUACGACCCAGAGCAGUGCAACUCGUCUCAUUCCCGCCUCAUGGGCUUCUUCGGCGCCCUGCCACCCAUCUGGCGUGCCCUCCAGUGCAUCAGGCGUUACUACGACACCAAAAAUGUCUUUCCUCAUCUGGUCAACUGCGGGAAAUACACCAUGACGAUCCUCACCGCCGUGUUCCUGAGUCUUUACCGCAUCGAAAACAGCCAAGCCAACUUGAGUCUCUUCAUCACCUUUGGCACGGUCAACGCGAUCUACUGCUCCAUCUGGGAUCUGUUUAUGGAUUUCUCACUCCUCCAAGCCGGUGCUCGGCAAAAGCUGCUCCGGAGCAUUACCGCCUUGCGUCCAGUCAGCAUAUACUACAUCAUCAUGACCUUGGAUCCUAUCCUCCGCUUCUCCUGGAUCUUUUACGCCAUCUUCACCCACGACAGCCAGCACUCGACGAUUGUUUCGUUUCUUGUCGCCUUUGCGGAGGUUUUCAGAAGGGGUAUCUGGACCUUGCUCCGUGUGGAGAAUGAGCACUGCGCCAACGUAGCGCAGUACAAAGCCUCCCGUGACACGCCCUUACCUUAUCAUUUGAAUACCUCUACUUCCAGCGUGGAGGAUACAACGCCCCCCGCCCAGCAGCAACAACAACCACCAGCUGGUCUGUUAGGUCCAGCUGCCAUCAACCCUGCCACUCCGGGGGUUGAUCAACAAGAUCAGAUCCGCCCGUUGGGCCAGCAUCACAGAAAACCAUCUACUAUUCCCCCUCGCACACCGGCAUCUCAGGUCCUCCAUCGGACUCCUACCAAUGUUGGAGGUGGUACUCCACAGAGCAUUGCAGUUAGUGACACCCCCGCGGAGGAAAGCGGUCCGGCGGCGGCGUUUAGGAGACGGUAUACAGAUACUAUUGGGAAGAAGUCGAUUUUGCAGGCCAUGGCGGAGGCGCACAAGCAGGACUUUGAGAAGAAGAGGUUGCCGUUGGGGUCGGAGCCGUCGUCCACGGCCAGACGGGGCAGCGCGAGACCUGAUGAGGGGGAUGAUGAGGAGAUUAAAAGUGAAGAAGAGGAGGAGGAAGAUGACGAUGAGGAUGACGAGACGGGGAGUGUGGAGGAGGAGAGGAUGAGGGUUAGGGAGGCGGAGGGGUUGGUGAAUAGGGCCAGGGGGGUUAAUGCGGGGAGUGAGAGUGAUUAG